AUGAUUUCUCUUGAGAAUUGUUAUGAGCAUCCAAAUUCCUAGAUUGGAGGUAUCUAUAAAGUCAAGCACAAUAAAAAUAUAUAAAGAAAAGUAUGUCUGGAAUGCAUUUUAAAAUAUAAAAUACCAUCAGAAUAAAUUUUAAAUAAAGAAGAAUUUGUCAAUUGUAUGCUUUAGAAGGCCAAUUAAUUAAACAUAAAAAAUAUUUUGGAAGUAAAUUAAUCGAAAUCAUUUUUUAAAACAAUCUUUCAAAAAUUUGAUUUAAUUUAUAAGGAUAUUACUUUAAUAUUCUCAAAUAUUAGGGAUAUAAUCAAAAGGAUUUCAGAAUAAGAUACAGCAGGAGAUGAAAAAUUCUUAAGACUUAUCAAUUAAAAUUUAAAUCCUUUUGAAUGUUCUUAAACAGAUUUAGAUUUUCUUGUCAAUUUUAUUGAAGGCAAUCUUUUUGAAGAAUGGAUUGACAAAAAAAAAUUCGUUUCCUCUAAAAUUUAGAAAACAGGAGUACUUUUUGAAAAGCUUUUGUAAAAUGCGUAUAAAAUAGAUCAUAUAGUUGAAUAGAUUCAUGUUUAUUUGUAAAGCCUUUUUUUGUAAUUUUAAGCAAUCAGGUGAAAUAAGAAGAAAGUAUCAUUUAAUUGGAAGGAGUUGAGAAGAUCAAUAAUUAAUUAAUGAAAACAUCCUUUGAACUGAUAACAUAAAAAAAUGGAAAUAAAGUCUAUUAAAAAGAUGGAUAAAUUCUUAGAAUGUAGAUUUAAUAUUAAAAUACUUUAGAUAAAAGAACAUCUUAGGAUAGAAAAGUGAAUAAUUAUUAUAUAACCUGGAAUAAAUAAAACAUUUAGAAUUCUAAGGAUAAUAUGGUGUUAAUGGGUAUAAAAUUAACUAAUGGAACUAUUUUUGGAAAGGAUAAUAAAUUGGAGGUGGUGUGUAUAAUUCAAAUGGAGAAAAAGAAGGAAAUUGGAUUGAUUUAUGUGAUAAUUACUGGGAGUAUUUAUUAAUAUCAUAGUAUUUAGUUAAAAGAAUAUAAUUGAAAAAGGUUAUUAUGAAUAAAAUAAAAAAAUUGGGGUUUGGAAUAUAAUUUGGGAUAAUUAAGAAAUGUAAUUUAUUAUUAAAUCAAAAUUUAGAGGAGGAGGUUAAUAUGAGAAUGGAAUAAAAACUGGAAAAUGGAUUGUUUUAAGUGAUGAAUUUAAGGAAUCCUUUUAGGUAACUUAUAGAGGGGAAUAUAAAAAUGGUUAUAAAGUUGGUAGUUGGGACAUUAAUUAUGAGGGAGAAGAUAUGUAAACAUUUUUAUUUAAUGCACAAUUUUAGAGGAGGUGGAUCAUACGAUGAAAAUGGGGUUAAGAUAGGAAAAUGGAUUGAACUAAUAGAGGGUUUUAAAAAUUAUUAAAAUUUAACCUACAAUGGAGAAUAUAUAAAUGGUAAUAAAAUUGGUUAAUGGGAUAUUAAUUAUGAAGGAGAAAAUAUGUAAGCAAUUUGUUCUAAAUCAAAAUAUUAGAGGUGGUGGAUUAUAUGAUGAAGAUGGUGGUGUUAAGAUUGGAAAAUGGAUUGAUAUAGGAGAGGGGUUUGAAAAGGAAUCAUAAAUAACUUACAUAAGUGAAUAUAAAAAUGGCAAAUAAAUAGGUAGAUAGAAUAUUUGGUAUAAAAAGAAUUAUGGAGAUUUUAAAAAUGAAUAGAUGUAAUGAUAUUUUAUGAAUUGCCCAUUUUUAGUGGUGGCGGAUUAUAUGAUGAUGGAGGUCAUGGCAUAAAGAUUGGAUCGUGGAUUGAAAUAAGUGAUAGAUUUAAAGGAGAUUCAUAAGUAAUUUUUAGAGGUGACUAUGUAAAUGGAAAAAAAAUUAGAAAAUGGGAGAUUUUGUUCAGGGAUAAAAGUAAAGAUAAUUUUGAAUUAAUGUAAAAUAAUUACAUAAGUGAAUAAUUUAGUGCUGGUGGACAAUAUGACGAAGAAAAUGAUGAUAUUAAGAUUGGGAAAUGGAUUGAAAUAGACAAUAGAUUUGCAAGUUAUUCAUAAAUAAUUUAAAUUGGAGAAUAUAAAGAUAGAAAAAAAAUUGGUAGAUGGGAUAUUAUGUAUAGGUAGGACGAGAAGUCAUCAUUUCAAUAAAUGUAAUAAGAUUAAAUUAAAUAACUUUUUUAGUGGUGGUGGAAAAUACAAUGAUGAUGGCAUCAAAAUCGAAAAUUGGACAGAAAUAGGUGAUAGAUUUUGGAGGGAUUUAUAAAUAAUUACUAGAGGUGAAUAUAAGAAAGGAAAAAAAACUGGUAAAUGGGAGAUUUUGUAUAAAGGGAAGGGAAGAGAGAAUUUUGAAUAAAUGUAAAAUAAUUAUGUAAGUGAAAAUUUAGAGCUGGGGGAUCAUAUGAUGAAGUAAAUUAUGGAAUCAAAAUUGGAAAAUGGAAAGAAUUAGAUGAUGGAUUUAAUUAUAACAAAUAAGUGAUCUAUGAUGGAGAAUAUAAAAAUGGUAAAAAAGAUAGUAAAUGGACUGAAAUAGAUAUAAAGAAAAAUAAAAGUGCUAUUAAAUGA